AUGGAGAACAAUAGCUCUUAUUUUUCACCAGAGAAGAGACCUUCAAACUGGGUCCCUCUCUUGAAUGAGCCCUCGAGACAGGAACGUAAACUUCGCGUUGUAUGCAUCGGUGGCGGUUGGUCUGGAAUAACCUUGGCUCACAAGCUCACGCACGAACUAAAAUGGAAUCACUUCAUUGAUCUCCAGAUUUACGAGAAAAAUCCUGAUCUUGGCGGUACAUGGUAUGAGAAUCGGUACCCUGGAGCGGCUUGUUUAUUAGACAUUUACGUUUUCCCGUUUGAACCCAACCCCGAUUGGACCACCUUUUACGCCAACAGCCCUGAAAUCUGGCAGUAUAUGAAAGACACUGCUAAGAAAUGGGAUCUUGAGCGCCACAUGCUUGGCAAAUGGCGAUUGAAGAUUGACCAUCAAGGCCAAGUCAUCCAGGAUGAAUGUGACAUUCUGGUGAAUGCAACUGGCUUCCUUCACAAGUGGUCUUGGCCCAAUAUUGAAGGUCUACACAACUUCAAGGGUAAACUUGUUCAUACAGCGGCUUGGGACCAAUCGCUGGAUUGGACCGGUCAACGAAUGGCCCUCAUUGGUAACGGAUCUUCCGCUAUUCAAGUUUUGCCACAAGUCCAGAAGAUCUCCAAAAAGGUCACAACAUACGUCCGCAGCCCUACCUGGAUUGCGGCGAAUUUCCUCAAUCAGUUUUCUGAAGAUGGUAGCAAAGUUUUCACUGAAGACCAGAGAAAGGAGUUUAGAGAGAAUCCAGAGAAGUUAUUCCAACUGCGCAAGAAGUUGGAGCAUGGGUUUAACGAGCUUUUCAAGGCUAUGGUUAUUGGUAGACCCGAGCAACAGGAGCUUGAUCGUGAGCAUAAUGAGAUUAUGCGCCAGCGCCUUCGCCAAAACCCCGAGUUGAUUGAUCGGUUGAUCCCUAGAUUCACCGCGGGAUGCCGCCGCCUGACACCAGGUGAUGGUUAUCUGGAAGCUCUGCAAGAAGACAAUGUCAAGACCAUUUGGAGUCCCAUAAUCAGAGUAACGGAGAAAGGCAUUCUGACAGCUGAAGGCGAAGAAGAAUUCGACAUCAUUGUUACUGCUACUGGCUUUGAUGUGAGUUACAAGCCCAACUGGAACCUUGUGGGACGCAAUGGCGCUACGCUAAGUAAACUCUGGGCAAACGAUCCUCUGAGCUAUCUUGGGAUUGCCGCUCCAGAGCACCCUAAUUACUUCAUUUUCGCGGGCCCUAACACUCCGGUUGCACAUGGCGUAUUCCCUGGCUCUUGUGAUGCUAUGGCUACUUAUAUCUUGAAGUGGUGUCGCAAGAUCGCGUCAGAGGACAUAAAAUCUGUGUGUGUGUUACCUGAGGUGGUAGACGACCUAGACGUGUGGUCACAAGAGAUGUUGUCUCAAACUGUAUGGGCUGCUCCAUGCCGUAGCUGGUAUAAAAAUGGAAGAACCGACGGCCGCAUUACUGCUCUACAUGCUGGCAGUGUUAUCCACUACAGAGAGCUUCUUGAGGAGAUCCGAGGUGAAGAUUUCCAGAUCAAAUAUCGUUCGCCAAAUAGAUUCCGCUUCCUUGGAAACGGAUUUACGAAGAAGGAUAUGAAUGGCGAUGAUCUCGGCUACUAUCUUCAAGGUCCUGCCGCCAUAAGUAAAUAG